AUUGAUUGGGCUAAAUACAAUGAAGAAUUUGGACCCUUCCCUUUGAUGAGGUUCACCUGUUCAUUAGGCCGAGUCAAGCAUAACAUAUUGUGUCGCAGACUGGAGGAAAAUUAAUUUGUAACAUAACAAAUAGUUUUAGAUUUUUUAAUUAGUUAAUUAAUCAUGAAGCUAUUCGGCACAUUCUCUGCAAUCAUUCUCGUCGUUACCUUAUGGAGUCCCGAGAGCUCCGGAUAUGAGAUCAACUUGUAUGAACCAUACAAAGUGCUUAUGACUCGUCUCGACCAUCAGAACCUCCCACCCCUGAAUUUAACAAUGCUUUUAUCAGGCGUUGUAAAAUUGCUUUCAUGUCCCCUCCCAACUACGACAGCUCAAUUUGUGGAGGGAGAUUUAUUACAAAGCAUUCGUGAAACGAAAUUGAAACUUCCAACAAAUUUGGUGGGAACGAUGGCAGAGUAUUUUCAACUUGACGACGAGGACUUUCGACAAAUCCAUAAAUUUUUGUGGGACGCAGGCUCCGAAUGGAACGAUGCAAUUGCAUUUCUACACAAAUAUGGAUUCAAGACUGUGGGAGAAGAUACUUCAAGAGAUAUUUAUGUCUGGUUUAAAAACUUCUAUGCGAAUUACCCUGCCCCAGACAAUCUUGACCCCCCACUGCCAGAAGGACCACCAGCACUUUCUCAAUUCUCGAAUAAGAGUUUUAAAAAAUAUGCCCCUGACAUUGAAUGGCCGUUAAGCUCCAUUUUCCAAGAAGAACCGGGUUGUACAUUAGGAAAAUUGGCAGAAAUUCUACACGAAAUUAUAACAUCUCAAGGUCUACAAUGGUUUGGGCUUUUCCGAUAUGUUCAAGUAGAAAUUAAUGGUAAUCCAGCAGCACACGUUUUCUGGGCAAAGACUACUGAACCUGGAAAGGGAGAAUAUUUCCGAAAUUUUACGCAGGUUGAAGCAGUGGUGAAGAUUGUUCACAAUUUGGACACAGCUUUAAAGCAGAACGAAUUAUUUCAGCUGAUCAUUGGAAUUUUAGAGGGACUGACUGGAAUCAAUUUUGACGAAAUUAACAUCAACAUUGUGAGAAAUUUGAUUAGCAUUGUCGAGUUUUUCAUUUGGAGAACUCCCUUCCCAUUUCCGGUUUUUCCAGUACCUGAUCUCGGGUACUAAAAAACCCUCUCGGCUUGACUCGGUCAUGAGUAUAUCAUAAUUUUUAAAUGUUUUAUUGGAAAUAAAAAUUGUUAUCAAAAUUCAAAAA